AUGGACCGCCAGGAGGCCACCUUCACUGCCUGGGUGAAUGCCGUGCUGGCGCCCAGCACGGCCGAGCCCAGCAACGCCGCCAUGGCGCGGCUGGCGGCCCGCACCAGAGGCUGGCUGUGGUCCAUGUACCAGGCGGACGCGGGCCUGCAGGACGUCAUGGUCAGGGUGGAGGCCAGGAUCGACACCGGUCAGCUCCGGAUUGGGAGCGAGGCAUUGAGCCUGCGCAACGUCAAGGAGCAGGCUGCGGCGCGACGAGUCCUGCUUUCUUACCACCCCUUCUGGCUCACCGCAGCCCUGGAGGUGGUGGUGGGCAAGUCCGUCGACAGCGUCGCCAAGCCCGGGUGCUCAAAGCUGGAGGCUUUUGUUAGGGAGCACGUACUCUGCGACCCUGGCUGUCAGGAUGCGGCGGCACCCAGGCGAGUCGGCGCCGGCGCGGCACGGAAGGAGGACAACGACCUCCUCGGACGGCUGGCCCUCAAGCGCAUCCUGCUCCUCGUGCUCCUGCUGGACCGCGCGGCGGAGAGGCAGGACCUGGAGCCGGGGUUACCCCUGCUCUUCCUGGUCGAUGCCCCCCAUAAGUCCUCUGCCAGCGUGAGCGUGCUGGGCCGGUGGCUGGGCAGCGAGGGCGACCUGGCGCGGACGCUGGGGCGGUACGGGUACCGCCUGUCCCACGCCCAGCACCCCAAGCGCGAGCUGGACUGGCGCCUGCCCAGCCUGGCGGUGGGCCUGCGCGACGGCCUGCGCCUCUGCCGCCUGGUCGACGCGCUGACGGGGCGCCCGGGCCUGGCGCUGCAGACCGAGAUCGACAGGCUGGCAGCGGGGAGGGGUGAUGGGACGGGCGGGGGCGGGCAGGGUGGCGACCACGCGGCCCGCCUGGCCGGCGUGGUCUUGCCCCCGGCCGUCGAGGCGGACGCCGGGCCCGCAGCAGGCCUCCUCCGCCUCGUGCUCUGCUGGGCGGCGGCGGCCACGGGCUGCGUGCAGGGCGCGGCCGGGAACAUCGCCGCCACGUACGGAGAUGGGCGCCUGCUCUGCCUGCUGGUGCGGCAGUACCUGGGCGAGGCGGUGCUGCCACGGAGCGAGAUUUACGAGGUGCCGCCGGCCCUCCUGGCCUCCACGGGCGCCGAGGAUCCUCAGCAGCAAGCCUGGGCGCUGUCGUGCCGGGAGGAUGCUGCCGCCAGGCAGUACCGCGCCGGGGUGCAGUCCAACUUCGACCGGGUGGCCCUCGCUAUGGAGGCGCUGGGCGGCUCGGGCGCGCUGCUGUCAGGCGAAGACGUGGUGGAGCACGGUGCAGACGACCGCUCCGUCCUGCUGGCGCUGGUGCAGGCGGCGUACCGGCGUCACGUCUUCCUCAGUGGCCUGGAGGCAGCGCGCCGGGACCGGGCGGCGCGCCUGGAAGCCGCAACUCGGCUGCAGGCGCUGUGGCGCGGCAGGGCCGCUCGCCUGGCCCUCCAUGCGACGCGAGCGGCGGCGGUGACGCUGCAGGCCCUCUGGCACGGCCGGCAGGCGCGCAGGCAAGUGCUCGAGGAAAAGCUGCUGCCGCGCCUCCUGGCCGGCGUAGCGGUGCGCAGGGCGGAGCUCGCUGAAGCACGCACGGCGCGGCGCCAAGAGCUCGCCGCCGCCGCGAUGCAGACCGCCUGGCGGGCCAGCCACGGACGCCGCGCUUUCCUCAAGGCGCGGCGCGCGGCGCCAGUGCUCCAGGCGCACGUGCGUGGGUGGCUGGAACGCGCGCGGCUCGCCCGCCGCUGCAGCGCCGCGAUUCUAAUUCAGGCCGCGGCCCGGGGAUGGGCGGUGCGGCGCCAUGAGCAGACCAAAGCCCGUGCGGCUCAGAUCAUCCAGGCGCACUGGCGGCAGCACCGCCUGCAGGCGCGCGAUGCGGAAAACUACCGCCGCCUGAGGGAGGCCGCGGUGCUGCUGCAGCGGCGCUGGCGAGCAGUCAAAGCGGCGCGCCUGGCGGCCGCGCAUGCGGCGGCCACCCGCAUCCAGCGCAUGUGGAGGGGGUCGGUCGGGCGCCGCGCAUUCCUGGCGUGGCGCGGCGCGGCGGAGAUGCUGCAGAGGCACUGGCGCGGGCACCAUGCACGGCGGCGGCUGGCAACGGAGAAGGGCGCGGCACUGGCCGUCCAGGCAGCGUGGCGGGGCCGGCGGGCCUGGCGGGAGCGGGCCAGGCUGCAUGCAGCUGCGCUGGCAGUGCAGCGCGUCUGGAGGGGCCACGCGGCGCGGCGGCAGUUGCGUCUGGACGCGGCCGCGAUCUUCGUGCAGCGGUGGGUUCGCGCCUUCCGCGCGCACCUGGAGGCCGCGCGCGCCGCCUCCGUCGCGGCCAUGAAGGCGCAGAUGGAGGCGCUGGCGCCGCAGGAGGCGGCGGAGCGGGCAAGACGUGCGGCCCGGGAGGCGGCCGCUCGGGCGACCAUCGCGCCAUGGGCGUCCGUCUUCCUCGCCAGGAUUCGGUUCUUGAAGCUCAGGCGGGCCGUCGUACUCGCACAGCGCGCCUGGCGAUCGGAGUAUGCCAGACGCUGCGCUGCAUCCAUCGUAAUCCAGGCCCAGGCCCGAGCCUGGCUGGGCGUGCGCGCGCUGCGGCGGCGCAGGGCGGCAGCUCUGCGCCUCCAGGCUGCGUGGCGGGGUGGGCGGGUGCGCCAGACGCACCCGCAGAAGCGGCGGCUGGCCGAGGCUCGCGGCCGCCUGCGCGUGGCCACCGAGGCGGCGCACCUGCUUCCCCCCAGCCAGCGGACGACCCUGGCGUCCAGGACCGCCACGGCGCUGAGCAGCCUCGCGGCGGUGCCCUUCCCCGAAGUGGCAUGCGGCGCCUGGGAGACCCUGGCCAGGUGCACGGCGGCCUCCAAUGCCUGCGCCCAGACCUGCUACGACGCCGCGCUUCCCAUCGUCAUGGCCGUCCUCCGCUCGGGGACCAAGGCGGGGUCCAAUGUGCAGCCCGAGGCGAUCCGGCACGCGGUAAUGUGCCUGGCUCACAUGGGUCGCAACAGGUCCUGCCUGGAUGCCAUGCUUGCCACCGACGAGGUGCUGCUCCUCCUUGCAGCCCUCCUCCAGAGGAAUCGCGACAAAGAGGAGCUGUUCCUGGCCCUGGUGUCUACCAUCCGUGCCUUCCUCCCCACCCCUGCUCAUGCCCUGAAUGCCUCAAGGCGACCCGCAUUUGUGGCCACCGUCGAGGGGGUGGGGCGCAUGCUCGCCCUCAAGGCCCAGAACCACAUGGCCACCCUGAACAAGCUCGAGAGGGCCAAGGGCUCCGACGUCUCCGCUCGCCAGGCCACCAAGGCCCUGGUCACGGCCAAUCGCCAGCUGCUGGCCCUAAACAGGGUGCUGAGCCUGCUGGGCCUGCCUGCUGCAGGGGCCGGCCCGCAGUCCGCCAACCACCCGCAGGACCCAAUGCAUGGGCCCCCUGCCGGCUCGCCAGGCGUCCUGCAGCGCCUGGGGAAGAACACCAUUGUCAGGGGGGUGCUCCAGGCACUUAACCACUGA